AUGGAUUUCUCCGCUCCCCCCGCCCGUGGCUGCUACAACUGCGGCGAUACCACCCACCAGGCCAGGGACUGCCCCACCAAGGGUAACCCCACCUGCUACAACUGCGGCGAGCAGGGCCACCUGAGCAGGGAGUGCCCCCAGCCUCAGGCUGAGAAGCCUUGCUACCGCUGCGGCAAGGUCGGCCACCUUUCCCGCGAGUGCCCCGAGGGUGGUGCUCCCGGCAUGGGUGCUGGCCAGGAGUGCUACAAGUGCGGCAAGGUCGGCCACAUCGCCCGUAACUGCAACACGUACGGCGCCGGCGGCGGUGGUUUCGGCGGUGGCUACGGCGGCGGCCAGGGUGGCGGCUUCGGUGGUCCUCGCGGUCAGACCUGCUACUCUUGCGGUGGCUACGGUCACAUGUCCCGUGACUGCACGCAGGGCCAGAAGUGCUACAACUGCGGCGAGGUCGGCCAUCUGUCCAGGGACUGCCCGUCCGAGACUUCCAACGAGCGCGUCUGCUACAAGUGCAAGCAGCCCGGCCACGUCCAGGCUGCCUGCCCCAACUAA